UUUGGGGUUAGGAAGAAUGAAACUAUAAUUUAUCACUUCAUUAACCAAAGUUACGCUUCGAUAACAGGAGAGGAUUGGAUCGGUGCAUUUACUUGGCCUAAUUGCAAGGGAUAUGAUGAUUAUCCUUUUGAUCAUUCUACCAAUUCAAUGAUUAUUCGAACCACUGCAUCUAAGGAAGCCAAAGAGUUUGAUCGUGACUUCUACAAAGGUGAAUGCCAAAAGCGUCACCAUAAAAUUAUGCAGUAUGUAGACAAGUUUCUGGAUGACUAUAAUGGAAUAUCCAAAUUUGCGAUUGUGUGGUUUUCAAGGAUAUCACACGAUUCUCUUAAUGGACUUUAUCAUCUCGAUAGAUAUUUCGCUGACUUUUUCCGUAAACAUGUGAACAAUUUGAACAACUCAUUUGUGUUUAUGAUGGGUGAUCAUGGAUUACGAUUUGGUAAAGUUCGGAAAACUUCUGUUGGUGGCGAUGAAGAUAAUAAUCCCUUAUUUGUCGCCUUGCCAAAAUCUCUACGCUCAAAUGAACAACUUGUUGUAAAUUUGAAAAAAAACUCUCGUAGACACACAUCUCAUUUCGAUUUUUAUGCAACUUUGUAUGAUAUUGCACAAUAUUCGAGUCAAAAUCACUUCACAAAUUGGGGCGAGCACAAUUUUAGAGGAGAAUUAGGUGAGGUUCGAGGUGGAAUUCGAGCGAAAAGUAUUCUAAGACCUAUUUCAUAUGACAGGACAUGUAAAGAAAUGGAAAUUAAAACGGAGUACUGUAUUUGCAAGGAGUUCUGGAGAAAUAUAAGUGCAAAAGUAAAAAAUGUAGAAGAAGCUGCGCAAUUUAUCAUUUCAAUGAUCAAUAAUUAUUUGGAGCAGAAAAAUUCUAGCGAAGUUUGCGAAAAGUUACAUCUGAUUAAAGUUAUCUCAGCAAAGUCUGUUGUAAGAAAACCAAUAUUAAAAUUGGUAAUUACUGCUUCACCAAGUAUUGGAAGCUAUGAAGCACAAGUAUUAACUCAGAAACAUGGUUUCAGAUUAAUAUCACAAGUAACUCGUGUUGAUUCUUACGGAUCUCAAGGAGACUGUGCUAUGGAUGAAGAAAUCCGACCAUUAUGUUAUUGUCGCAAAAAUUAUGGGAAGUAG